GCGCUCAAGCCCGACCUUCUGAGUUGGCAGCUGCAGCUGGCCAAGGGCGCCCGCGAGGGCAUCGAGCACGGGGCCCUCGUCAACCAGAUCAGGCGCUGGGUCCACAACGGCAAGGGCGAGUCGCGUGAGCGCAAAAAGUGGAAGCCGCUCGCAGAAGCGCAGCGAGGCCACGCCAGGUUCGUGGCGGACCAGUUCAGGGCGCCAGUCGCCGACAGGCAGGUCAGAUGGACUAGGGAGCUUAAGUUGAACGCCGUGGUCCACUGGGUUGCAACUGACGGCGCGAAGGCGGCCGAGCUGCGAGGCAACUUCGAGUGCAACUACGUGGGGCUUUCGAGCAAGGGGGCCCUACUCUACUUUGCGCAGCACGGCGUCAUCGAG